CCAAUCGGCGCGGCCGGCGUCGGGCGCACCCGGACUCGCCCGCGGCCCUCCCGCUGCCCGGCCGCUCGCCGCUGCUGUCCGCUCCGCCGCCGCCGCGCCUCGGAGCUCCCCCUCGGAAGGAAGAUGGCGGAGGCACACCAGGCCGUGGCCUUCCAGUUCACCGUCACCCCCGACGGCAUCGACCUGCGGCUGAGCCACGAGGCCCUGAAGCAGAUCUACCUGUCGGGGCUGCACUCCUGGAAGAAGAAGUUCAUCCGCUUCAAGAAUGGCAUCAUCACCGGCGUGUACCCCGCCAGCCCCUCCAGCUGGCUCGUCGUGGUGGUGGGCGUGAUGUCGACCACCUACGCCAAGAUCGACCCCUCCCUGGGGAUGAUCGCCAAGAUCAACCGGACCCUGGACACCACGGGCCACAUGUCCAGCCAGACCAAGAAGGUGGUGAGCGGCGUCCUGUUCGGCACGGGGCUGUGGGUGGCGCUCAUCGUCACCAUGCGCUACUCCCUGAAGGUGCUGCUGUCCUACCACGGCUGGAUGUUCGCCGAGCACGGCAAGAUGAGCCGCGCCACCAGGAUCUGGAUGGGCAUGGUGAAGGUGCUGUCGGGCCGCAAGCCCAUGCUCUACAGCUUCCAGACGUCGCUGCCGCGCCUGCCCGUGCCGCCCGUCAAGGACACCGUGAGCCGGUACCUGGAGUCGGUGCGGCCCCUGAUGAAGGAGGCCGACUUCAAGCGGAUGACGGCGCUGGCCGAGGACUUCGCCGUGCAGCUGGGGCCCAGGCUGCAGUGGUACCUGAAGCUCAAGUCCUGGUGGGCGACGAACUACGUGAGUGACUGGUGGGAGGAGUACGUGUACCUGCGGGGCCGGGGGCCGCUGAUGGUCAACAGCAACUACUUCGCCAUGGACCUGCUCUACAUCAUCCCCACGCACGUCCAGGCGGCACGAGCGGGCAAUGCCAUCCACGCCAUCCUGCUGUACCGGCGCAAGCUGGAUCGCGAGGAGAUCAAGCCGAUUCUUCUGCUGGGGUCCACCAUCCCGCUCUGCUCGGCCCAGUGGGAGCGGAUGUUCAACACGUCUCGGAUCCCGGGAGAGGAGACGGACACGCUGCAGCACCUGCGCGACAGCAAACACAUCGUGGUGUUCCACCGCGGCCGCUACUUCAAGGUGUGGCUGUACCACGACGGGCGGCUGCUGAAGCCGCGCGAGAUCGAGCAGCAGAUGCAGAGCAUCCUGGACGACCCGUCCGAGCCGCAGCCCGGCGAGAAGAAGCUGGCAGCCCUCACGGCCGGGGAGAGGGUGCCCUGGGCCAAGUGUCGCCAGACCUACUUUGCCCGCGGGAAGAACAAGCAGUCCCUGGACGCCGUGGAGAAAGCCGCCUUCUUCGUGACCCUGGACGAGACGGAGCAAGGCUACAAGCAGGAGGACCCGGUCAGCUCCCUGGACAGCUACGCCAAGUCGCUCCUGCACGGCCGGUGCUACGACAGGUGGUUUGACAAGUCGUUCACGUUCAUCGUCUUCAAGAACGGCAAGAUGGGCAUGAACACCGAGCACUCGUGGGCCGACGCGCCCAUCGUGGGCCACCUGUGGGAGUACGUCAUGUCCACAGACUGCUUCCAGCUGGGGUACACGGAGGACGGUCACUGCAAAGGCGACGUCAACCCGAGCCUCCCGCAGCCCACCCGGCUGCAGUGGGACAUCCCGGAGGAGUGCCAAGAGGUCAUCGAGACGGCCCUGAGCAGCGCCACCGUGCUGGCCAACGACGUGGACUUCCACUCCUUCCCCUUCGACGCCUUCGGGAAGGGCCUCAUCAAGAAGUGCCGGACCAGCCCCGACGCCUUCGUGCAGCUGGCCCUGCAGCUGGCGCACUACAAGGACAUGGGCAAAUUCUGCCUGACCUACGAGGCGUCCAUGACGCGGCUCUUCCGAGAGGGGCGGACGGAGACCGUGCGCUCCUGCACCAGCGAGUCCUGCGCCUUCGUGCUGGCCAUGAUGGACCCUGCCAAGACGCUGGAGCAGAGGCGCUGCCUGUUCAAACUGGCCUCGGAGAAGCACCAGCUGCUCUACCGCCUGGCCAUGACGGGCUCCGGGAUCGACCGCCACCUCUUCUGCCUCUACGUGGUGUCCAAGUAUCUCGCCGUCGAGUCCCCUUUCCUCAAGGAGGUUCUGUCCGAGCCGUGGAGACUGUCCACCAGCCAGACGCCGCAGCAGCAGGUGGAGCUGUUCGACUUGGAAAAUAACCCGGAAUACGUGUCCAGCGGAGGGGGCUUUGGGCCUGUUGCGGACGACGGUUACGGGGUGUCCUACAUCCUCGUGGGCGAGAACCUCAUCAACUUUCACAUCUCUUCCAAGUUCUCCUGCCCAGAGACGGACUCGCACCGCUUUGGGGCGCACGUGAAGCAGGCCAUGAUGGACAUCCUCGGACUCUACAGCUUAGGGCCCAACUCCACCAAGUAACGGCCCCUCGGGACCGUGGCCGGAAGGAAGACGAGCUUGGCGAGGAGCCAAAUCCGACCCGACGUGGCCGCCAAGCCCAGGGCUGCCGUGCAGGACGAAACCUUCCUCCUCGCCAAGACGCUGCGGUUUUCCUUCUCGCCAAAGUGGGGUGCUCUUGUCGGACUCCGUCCCGGGGUGGGGGGCAGCGCAUCCGCGGCCCCUCCCGGGCAGGCCUGUGGCUUCGGGGAGGCUCUAAUCCCUCCCUGGGGAUUUUUGAUUCCACUUGUAUUUGUGAAGGGAUUAAAAGAUUGUUGUGAUCACUUAGGUGUUAGCAGGCCUGUGACUUCUCACACACGGGCCUGGAGAGUAGCUCCCGUCGGCUCGGCCAGCGGCCACUGAGGGCUGGGGCCGGCCGGGAGGUGGCAAGGACAGCCGGGUUAGAGCGAGAGAUGUUAACCAUUCACCACUCACAUGCCCAUAACUGACUAACUGAAGACGACCAGCUGUGGAGACCGCGGGGUCCCCCAGGGUCCCUCCCUGGCCCUGCCGAGACCCCUCCUGCUGGGGGGGGGUCCACGUGUGUGUCCCCGUGCCACAGGAGAAUACUACGCCCCGAUUCAUUUCACUGAACCCGCAUGUCUUUCAAAACCCCAGUGCCUUAAAACAGAGACGGCCCUACCAGUAGGGCUGGGGGGAUGGGUGGGGGUCCCACCCCGGGGAGUUCCCAGCCCCCCUCCCAGCUUCUAUUAGGAAGCCACAGAAGUAGGAAUGCACAGGAGGGGACUAAGGAGAGUGGACAGCAAGACGCUGUGUCCAGAACCUGUCCGAGGAGAGCGUUAGCUGGGCCUUGGCGGGGAGGGGGCAGGACCCGAGAGGAGGGGAGCACGUGCCCGCCCGGCCCAUUUCCGCUGCCCGUACCGGGCCAGGUGGAGCACAGCCGCCUUCCGGCGGGGCGACCCUCCCCAGAGGCGUCUGAAUGACCCCGGCGCCGGCCCGGCACCCCACACAGUGUCCAGCGUUCCAAGGUGCCCGCCGCAGGAUUGCGGGCGUUAAGCCACACAGCCUCUGGCUGUGCCCCAGGCUGCCCCGUGUCUGCCCGUCCUGCUGGCCACCCUGCCCGCCCAGUGGACAGACGCCAGGCCCUUGUGUAGGACACAGCUCCUCCGCGUAGCCACAGAAGCCUCACCGGAGCGGGCCACCGGCUUCUUUGCUCUUGGAAAAAGAAAACCAGUUUUUUUUUUUAAAAAAAACAAACAUUUCACCCCCCCACCCCCAAUUCAUCUGCCAUCUGUCGGGGGCAUUUAGGAAGGAGGAGCCCCCGGCCAACCCUCUCGAGCGGAGGCCAGGCACCGUCCGCUGGGUGUCCACUGUGAGUUGGCGCGUGGCCACGCGGCACGCGUGCCCGCGGCUUGUCUCCGGGCUCGGGUGUUUUCUUCCGUGCCCCUGUUCAUCCGCAGUCAUCAAUGCAACUUUGUGUUUUUCGCGCAAAGGAAGAAGAGCGGUUUCUCUCGUACCCGGCCACAGCGGGAGAGAGGGAGGGCUAGUAUGUAUUUAAUUUAAUUUGGAACAAGCCAUGGUCUUGACGGAGCUGUGGUUUGAACUUGUAACCCUCGACUCUCCAUUGCAUGUAAAUACCGUCCGUUCCUUGGGAUGUACAUCUUAGAGUGCAGCACGAAUGUUACCAUUAAUAAACAUUAAUCUCUGUCUACUGCA